GGCUCCUAUUUCCACGUUUUGCGUGCGAGACUAAUGGAAGGAGCAACUUGUGUCCCAGAGAGGUUAUUACAGUAUUGUAGGGCCUGAGGUGGGGCGGCGUUGGCCUGGGACCAGCCGCUUGUGAGCGACUCCAGCGGGGACUCUCCUCCUCGUCGUCCUUGUCGAGGCUCCGGCGCGCUUUCGUGGGACCCCCAGCUGUACCUCCGCCAUGGCCACCUCCCCUCAGAAGUCGCCCUCGUCCCCCAAGUCGCCCACUCCCAAGUCGCCCCCAUCCCGGAAGAAAGACGACUCCUUUUUGGGCAAGCUCGGAGGCACUUUGGCCAGGAGGAAAAAAGCGAAAGAAGUGUCUGAACUACAAGAGGAAGGAAUAAAUGCCAUUAACCUACCACUCAGCCCAAUCCCUUUUGAACUAGAUCCUGAAGAUACUAUGCUAGAGGAAAAUGAAGUCCGAACCAUGAUUGAUCCAAAUUCAAGAAGUGACCCAAAACUACAGGAGCUGAUGAAGGUGCUAAUUGACUGGAUUAACGAUGUUUUAGUAGGAGAACGAAUUAUUGUAAAAGACCUGGCUGAAGACCUGUAUGAUGGACAAGUACUGCAGAAACUCUUCGAGAAGCUAGAGAGUGAGAAACUCAACGUUGCCGAAGUCACACAGUCUGAAAUAGCUCAGAAACAAAAGCUGCAGACAGUCCUUGAAAAGAUCAAUGAAACCCUUAAACUUCCUCCAAGGAGCAUCAAGUGGAAUGUUGACUCUGUCCAUGCUAAAAGUCUUGUUGCAAUUCUGCACCUUUUGGUUGCGUUAUCACAGUACUUUCGAGCCCCAAUCCGACUGCCAGAUCAUGUGUCUAUUCAAGUUGUUGUUGUCCAGAAACGAGAAGGAAUCCUCCAGUCCCGUCAGAUCCAAGAGGAAAUAACUGGUAACACUGAGGCAUUGUCAGGACGGCAUGAAAGGGAUGCAUUUGACACACUGUUUGACCAUGCUCCAGACAAACUCAAUGUUGUGAAAAAGACUCUCAUAACAUUUGUGAAUAAACACCUGAAUAAGCUGAAUUUGGAAGUUACAGAACUGGAAACCCAGUUUGCAGAUGGAGUGUACCUGGUGCUCCUGAUGGGUCUUCUUGAAGGUUACUUUGUGCCUCUUCACAGCUUUUUUUUGACUCCGGAUAGUUUUGAACAAAAGGUACUCAAUGUGUCCUUUGCGUUUGAGCUGAUGCAAGAUGGAGGGCUUGAAAAACCAAAACCAAGGCCAGAAGACAUCGUAAACUGCGACUUAAAGUCAACUCUGAGGGUGCUGUACAAUCUGUUCACCAAAUACAGAAACUUGGAAUGAAGAAGUCCCUUGGGAUCCCACAGGUGGCUAAGUAAGGAACCAACCAACUCAACAGCCACUCCUGUUUUGCAAUCGUUCUUUUACUUGUGUACUAUACUUCCUUCACAUGUUCCAUAUUCUUGCUAUGUUUGUUUUGCACAAAAAAAUGUUUUAAAUUAGAUCUUGUCUGCAGUCCAAAAUAUUAUGAAGUGAACCUCUGCUGGAAGAUGCAUAUUCCUUUGUUUUUACUAGCUCUUGAUUUCUUGGAGAGCAAGCAAGAAAGCCUGAUCCCACAUCCAGGUUAAGAGAAACAAACUGAUUUUGAUAGAAAUGCCAGCCUCUUCCUAUGAGCUAUGCUGCCACAAUAACCAAGAAGAUCACAUGACACAGGUCUGUGCACUACUACAUGGUGAAUGUGCUAUCUUCUUCUGCGGGAUCCUCUCUAAGCCAAAGAAUAGGUAUGCCUGCUGUCUCUGGUGCUUUGGCAGCUGCUGCUGCUGCUUUCUAUACAUUACUCAGCUAUGCUACACAAAGGACAUAAUCAGCCCAGAAAGAGGAGAGUUCUUUCUCAAUGUGCUUAGCUCUUCAUCAAGACAAGCUGGACUAGCAGCAGAACUGUGUUGCUCCCAUAUAUCAAGGUAGCCAGGGACUCUCCCCUGUCCCCCGGGUGUCAUUUUAGAUUGUGGUGCAAACUGCUGCUUUUAAGAAGUAGAUGCUCAGUUGUUCCAUAGAAUCAAUCAGAUCAAAAUGCUUCAGUUUAAUUAAGUUGUGGAUUGAGCUGCAGGACAUUUUCUCUGUCUGUGUUUAUUGAAUAUUUAUUUCAAAGAAAAGAUCCAUUGUAUUCCUAAUGAGAUGUAUGAGCACUAUUACAAAGAUCAUGGAGAAUGUAAGAGAGACAGACACCAUAGGUGGCGUGAUGCAAACUGAGCUAUGAAACUGAGCUUCAUAAUUUGACUGACGCGGCUUAUAAGGGUCCAGGUAUGUGUCCCCUGUGCAUACAUUCCUCAUCAUUUUUCAUUCCUUACAAGCUCGCAGAUCAUGCAGCUGUCCUUUAACUACAGUGCAUUUAAAAUAACCUGCAACAUGUAGUAUUUUUUACAAUGUGAUACUCUUGCCUAGUUGCAAACGCUGUGGUACAAAGUAUGUAGAUAGUUUCAGUAUGGAAACUCUUUUUGCAACAAAGCACAUAGUAAGUCAAUGCAGUGGGCUUCUGGGCUAGAAUCCAGGUGGGAUCAGCCCUGCCAGGAUAUUGACAUAAGCUUUGUUUACAUAAUUGAAACGAAACAUAAAAUGAUGUAAUUGGUACAAGUAAGAAACAGCUUUGGUGACAGAAGCAAAGGUAAAGGUUGUUCAAAGAAAGAAUUAUUUUUGCAUACCUUGGCCUUUGGAGAUCUAAAAUGAAUGAGAAAUGUUGAACAUUUUAUGAAAAUCAGGUUCUCUUGCAUUAUGAUUAUUACUAAGUCUAAAAUUAAUUUUUUUGGAUUUUUGAAUUUUAACAGGAUAAGACAACUAUAUACUGUAUACAGAAGAAGUUGUGAUUUUUUGGGUAUGUAUUCUUUGCCAAAUCCUGUUAAAAUACAAACAUUUUAAUUUUAGGAUCAGCACCAAUAAUUUGUGCUGCAAUUUGUCCCAUGCUUACUUUGUACAGAACAUUGAGGGCAAAGUAGCUUACUUUUAUUUAUUUUUUUAUUUGUCUCUACCAAAAUGAUAAAACCUAAAUGUAAAAAAACAUCCCAUACCUAUCUUAUACUGUGUGGUUCUGAUUUUAAAUAUUUCUUAUGCUUAGUGAAGAGGUGGUGUGACUCCUUUAGUUAGUUCACAUUUGAUUUGUUUUUUUGUAAUUCAAGUAAAGGGGUUAAUAUUGUAUAAGGACAUGCCUGUUGCCUUCCUGAUGCUGAUCGGUUGCCUCUAGAUAUUCAGUAGCCCAGGGGCCAGUCAUCAUCUUCAUGUUAGUAAAGGUGCCAAGAGGUGACUAUCCCAUCAGUUUUGUCAGUUGACCAUCACUUCUGCCUUGUGUGGUGAGAAUGGGGGGUGGGGAGGGGCAUAAUGUAUCCAGGUAAAACUCAUUUGCGAUAUGCAUAUGUAUAUGAUAGGUUACAUACCAUUUUUCGCCACAUGAGGGUGCAUACAAACAGCGUAAUCACUGCACAAAAAAUAGACACGUCUGAAUUAUCUGAUAGUGGCUUUUAGGGUAACCAGAUAUAAAGGCUCCUAUGCACCUAAGAGUUCUGUAAAAGAGGGUCAAGCAGGUGCAACUUUUCUCCGUUCUGGUAGAGAUGCUUCACCUCUUGAAGUUAAGUUCACAUAUAGAAUCUUAUCUAGGAACCCGGCCUUCCUUUGCAUCUUAAUUAUUUUUACAUUUUUUAUUAAAAAACCCAUCAUGAAUAUUAAUCCUCUAAUUAUACUGGCAGACAUUAUACACUGGAUCAGGAUUUAAUGUACAAAAGGAGGUGAGAUCUAGCUGAAGCUGCUACCAGGGAAAGGAAAGGCAGCUAUUCUUGCUGUAGCCUCCCAUGCCACCUGCCAUUCUGUUUCUGGGGGUCCUCCAACUCUCCAGAACGGGGGGGGGGGGGGUUUGACCAAAAUAGCCUUUGCUGCCUGCUUCUUCCAGCAAGAGCAUCCUGUAAGCAGUGUUCUGUUCAUGGGAACUCUUGAUCCAUCCCACAGGCAUUAGAUGAUGCACCUCACAUGGUUGAUAAUAGUGUCUUUUCCUACUGCAACAUUAAUCUGCUGGCUGCAACUCUAAAGGUAGCUACGUGAAAAUAAAUUUCAUUAAAAUCAAGGGGAGGGACCUGCUCCUUUGUGAACAGCACAGUGUUUUCAGGAUAUGGUGCUUUCUGCAAUCACAUAAUUGCCCUUUCUUUGUCGCUUUUUACUCAAAAUAGUAGCUUUUUACUCAAAAUAGUAGCUUUUUACUCAAAAUAGAGUUGUUCUGGGCUAAUUUGGUAAUAUUGGAAAGCACUUGACUCUGGAUAAACACGAAGCAACUCCUCCAUUGCGUCGCUGGAUUAAAUAUGGGGCAGGGCUGUAUUUUCAUAGAAGGGAUAAUUUUAGCAGAUUAACCUCCCAGUAUAGGGCUGCUGCAGCAAGAGAGAAUCAGUAUCUGCCAAAAUUCUACUUUUAUCUGCAGAAUUAAUUUUUAAAAGGAACAGAACCCCUUUCCCUCUAUUUAAUGACAACACAAUUCUGUAGUUUCAUGUUUAUCUAGCUAGCCUGAGACUGUCACUUCACAUUGUGACAGGCUAAAUGCCCGAGACUAAAGUUACCAACUUUUAUUAACCUGUUUCUUUGCCUUUAACAGCACAUUAAUUGAAAAAAGGAAUUGAUUCAUAGGAAAUAUGGCUGCUGACGCUCAAGGGCGCCAUAUAUUUUUAAAUGAAAGUUCUGUUUAGCAGUAUUAGCUUUUUAUAUGUCCUUGUUUGGGGGGGGGGACCAGUUGCUACUAGGGGAUCAAAGUGAAUUUGGGAGACAGGAGAAUGGAUGGACUAGAAAGUUAUAAAAUUUACCCAGAACCCGCUUCUUCAGUGCCUUCCUAGGAAAUGCCUCUCCAUGGUCAGUGUCCUCCAGGUUUUGGUUAACCAACUACCAGUUACCAGCUUCAUUGCCCUUUGAACCAGUUAUUAGUUUUCAUUUUAAAAGUUCAGGACAACAAAGAGAUUGUAGGUAUUGUUCCAGCUUACUGAAAUAUAUUUUUCUAAAUGGGUAUUUCGCUAUAGAUUCUGGUUCAGUUUGGUUUGGUCCCCUUGAACUGCAGCAUGUUUCAUCUUGCGCACAGGUUCCAGGCAAAAUGCCAUAUGCCUAGUGGCUUCUGUUAGAGAAUCAAAGUUAAAAUCAAAAGCAAAGGACUAUUGAAGUCAGUGGCUGCCAAGGAAAACAGAACAUUCCCCAUCCCUUGAAGUCAUUAAGUGGGCAUUGGAUAUCAACCUUAUAGUUAUGCUGAGCAAAAGGAAAAAAUUACAUCACAGCAAAAAUAUCUAGAUUACCCCUUUUCAAAGACACAAAAUGCAAAAAAGUCCUAGACUUCUGAUAUUAAUUUUGCUUUGUUGAAUUUCUAGAUAAUUAUUAGCUGCUACAUCAUUAUAUUAGCAUUUCACAUCAGUUAGAUUUGUAUAAAUAGAAACAAUGGGUUUCACUCAGUUGUGUGUUAAAAAAUAAAUGGAAUUCCAUAGAUAGGGGGUGUAACCAGGGCUUUUUUCAUCCGUAACUUGCAGGAACUCAGUUCCGCCACCUCUCAGGUGGGCACCAUUGCCAUUCUAAGAGAAGGAAGGAGGUGCUCGUGGUGAGCACCUCUUUUUCUAGAAAAAUAGGACUGGGAGUAACUGAUGAGUUUAAGCAGUGUGAAACAUUAGGCAUGUCUUGUCAUUUUUAGAGGAAGCUUAAUAGUUACUUAUGCUGAGAAGAAAAUGCUGGACUCUGUACAAUAUAAACAUUUACAUUGAAUGAAUGAACAAAAUGUUGAGUAUUUAACCAAGAAGACAGCCCCUUGCCUAAAUAAAGACUAAAUGUUUUGGCAAAAAAGCUACCUAGUCCUUUCUACAGUGAUGUAGGGUGAUAAUGGGUGGAUGUUACAUGUUAGAACCAUUAAUUAAUUGGAAAGCAGCUUUCUGACAAGGACUGAAACAUCCCCUGUAAUUUGUGGAAUGCUAGAUUAUUUAUUGUUAAUCAUGCAGGUACUAAUAGUGGUUAUAUUUACGUAUCUUAUUAAUGUUUUGCAAGCUUUCUUCUUGAAGGUGUAGAAGCUUAUGUCAUACUGAGAAAUGGGAAGGUAGUUGUAUUCCUGAUCCAGCUACGCAUGUGUAGCAGCAACCAGAGCUAUACACAUGGAGCCCAGUCAGAAAAACAGCAGUCACACCAAACGUUGGUGAAAUGUAGCCCUCUCAACUCCCCCUUCUAAACAUGGUUGCCUCUUUCCAAAAAGCUCUGGCAGCUAGAUUGGUGAAGAAGCCAUAUAUGCAGUACCCAUAUGCAUGUGAGGUUCCUUUUCAACCUCCUAAUUGGAUAUGGUCCCUAGUUAGAUCAGGUUGUCAGGCUGUGGAUGUAUAGCUCUACGCACAUGGCAAAUUGACCUUUAUGGUGCACAGGGCUUCCCCUUUUCAUAACUUGGAACAGGAGAAUCUGCUUGAACACCUAGGGUUCCAUUGCCUACUUUUUAAGUAAUAUCCACCAAUAAUAAAGUUGCUGGUAGCACUUUCUUUGUAGAAUAAAUUAAACCUUUCAGGAAGUAAGAUUAAUUAUUCCUUAGAUGUGUCUUUUGUUGAAAUUCCAAGGUGCUUAUUUGAGAAUGGAACCAGCAAAGUAUCUUGUGGGUAAAUGACAGCUGAUUCCAUCUUCAAAAACACAAGUGAUUGACACCUGGGGUCAUGAAGGCCAUUGGUUUGAUUUUGCAAAAGUAACUAAAUUGGUGAGCGCGUGUAUGUUUCGUAGCAAGUAUUUGUUUUAAUUGAAGAGCAGUUUCUACAAUUAUACAGGGACACCUAUAAACAUGAAAUAGUUUAAUUAUUUCCAUACCCAAGCACUAGUUGUCCUAUAAAAAUGGAUUCUGUCUUAUAUUUCUAAUAGAGAAUUAUCACCUAUAGAUUCUACAGAUUAUAUCUAGUAUUUAUUGCAUCUGAAAAAUAUAGAGAAAUAUAUAUAAACAGGUUUAUUUCUGUAUAAAAUAUAGACUUUUUUAAAAAAAUUGGGCAAACUAGAGAUAUUAGUUAUUAUAAAUUCCUAGUCUACAUAGGAUUUGUUCCCUAGAUUAUUGUUAAAAUAAGGAGAGUUUUAGGGUGAACGGGGCUAUAUUUUUAAUACUAGGGUCAGAAUGCAUUUUAUAGAGCAUGAUAAAAAUGUAAGGGCAGCAUUGAAAUUACCUCAUUCCUCUGUUGGACCAGUAUUCUUAAAAGCAUGUAGUCUGAUGGGCCUGAUAGCAAGACCAAAGCAAAAACUACUGCCUUGGAGUGCUAUAAAACUGCCACGGGGAACAGAAUUUUAUCUGUUUCCAACACCGCUUCCCCCUCCUCCAUUCUGGUCUCAUUGAACACUAGCAAACCUGCAGGCAGGUUAGCUUGGGAGGUGCCAAGCAUCUGGACUGGACCAUUCUCUCCUCCAUUAAUUCUAGGAGGGUCCCUUUUUUCUAUGUUCUUUGACUGUUGUGCUGUUCUUUUUUGCUGACUGCCUUUUAGAGGAAAGCCUAUACCUAAAAGAGCAGUUUGCCACCGGUAUAAAAUGUGUUGUGGUCUUGCCUCUUUUGACAUAUCCUGCAGUCAGUUCAUCUAAGAAGUAACAUACGUGAAACGUAUUGGGGUGAAUCCAAUUCUGCCAAGUGUGGUGUUAAUUCCAUGCACCAAGGUACAGCUAGAUAUUAAGACUGGCUAAAGGGACAAUCCAGAGAACCUACUUUUUCAAAGAUAGAACAAAAGUUUUUAACUUCUGUGGUUUCGGAGGAAAAUAUCCAAUUUUGUUAGAAGGCUCUCAAAAAGGCACAAAACUGGCCAGGCUACGUAGUCAGGAACGAGAGCUCAUAUGUUCUGCCUUCCACCACAUUAAUCUCCCAGUCCCCUCCUUAUCUUAUAUGUGUGUAAUCUAUUUCUUAUGAGAAAUCUAGGCCUCGAAAGUGCUUCUGUUGAUUCUACGGGUGGAGGUGCAAGAGAUUCUAGGAUGUCUUUGAUUAUGUAUGAUGAUUGCAUUUAGAAGAGAUUUUUAUAGAAGGCUCACAGCAGGAGAAAUUUGUUAAUCAAUACAGCUUGCAUGGAUAUUAAGAUAAAUGGCACUUGAUCAGUGUAAUUCACCUACUUUUAAUAUUGUUGCUUUCCAAAUGAAUCUUCCUUGUAUUCUUUUCAUGAAUGUUUUGUUCCAUGCCAACACUAGCACAGCUAACUAAAUAGUUUAUUUUAAAAGUGAUGCUUUUAUUUCAGUAGUCAGAAAUCUAUAUUGGUUUUGAAUUCGCUUUUUUUAAAAAAAGAAAGUUGAGUUUUCUGUCUGAAAAUGCCCUUUAAAUAUACACUACAGAAUAUAAAACCUCAACAUCCUUUAUAUAUAUAUAAAAUGGAAUUUCCUUACCAGUUAAGUGGCAACAUGUUGCCAAAACGGACACUCAGUAAACUCAACCUCCAUAAUUUUGCAAGCCAUUUUAUAAAAUCAAAAGCUUGGGGUCUAAGUCUUUGAACUUGAAUUCCCUCCUGUGCACUGGGUGGGGUAUAAUCAAUGAGCAUUAGCCCACUGCACUGAACAGGCCAACACCAUGCGGUAACUGCUGUUGUGUGUAUGUGUGUUCUUAAUUCAAUUGUAAAUCAGCAAAAUUCUUCAGAUUAGAAAAUUGUAUUGAAAUGCAUAUUUCAAUCUAAUGUUAUGUCGGAAGAUAAGCUGUUCUGUUUUCAUCUGGUAUUGGAAAUACUGUGAGUUAAUAACUUCAGAACUGCAGGUAUUCCAUCAUCCAAAGAAUGCUGAUUAUCGUUUAACAUUAAUUGGUGUUCAGUCCUGUGCAUACAUUAUUGUCUGUAAUCAAGUGUAUCAACUGUUACACAUUUAAAAGGUUGCUUUUAAUUGUAUUUUGUCUAAUAGAUUGCAGAUUCAAUAGCAUUUAUGAAAAUAAAGGUUAUGUAUGCUGUGAAAUUGUA